AACCGGAGCUUCUUGUAGGGGCCCUAGCGCUUAGAAAAAAAAAAUUUACGAUUAAUUUUCACCUUUAUCAGCGAGAGCACCCUAUAAAAUACUAAAUCCACUUUAACUAAUAGAAAAACACACAAUGGACUUAGUAAACCACUUACCAGACCGUUUAUUAUUCGCCGUUCCUAAGAAAGGGAGACUAUAUGAAAAAUGUUGUAACUUGUUAGAUGGUGCUGAUGUUAAGUUCAGAAGAUCCAAUAGAUUAGAUAUCGCCCUUUCUACAAACUUGCCCGUGGCCUUGAUCUUUUUACCUGCUGCUGAUAUCCCUAUUUUUGUGGGUGAAGGUAAUUGUGAUUUGGGUAUUACUGGAUUAGACCAAAUCAAAGAAGCAGAAAUGUUUGAUAAUAUCGAAGAUUUAUUGGAUUUACAAUUUGGUUCAUGUAAAUUACAAAUCCAAGUUCCUGCUGCUGGUGAAUACACUAAGCCUGAACAAUUGAUUGGUAAAAAAAUUGUCAGUUCUUUCACCAAAUUGUCCAACAACUAUUUCAGAGAUUUAGAAGGAAAAACUAACGACGAUGCCUUAACUACCAAUAUUAGAUAUGUUGGUGGUUCAGUUGAAGCUUCGUGUGCUCUUGGUGUUGCCGAUGCCAUUGUUGAUUUGGUUGAAUCCGGUGAGACUAUGAAGGCUGCUGGAUUAAAGCCAAUUGAAACUAUUCUUGAAACUUCCGCUCACUUGAUCUCUUCCAAGACUCCAAGAUUCCCAGAAAUUGUCGAAAAGAUUCACCAAAGAUUUGAAGGGGUUUUGACUGCCCAAAAGUAUAUCUUGUGUAACUAUAACGCACCAAAGACUAUUGUGAGCAAAUGUUUACAAAUCACUCCAGGUAGAAGAGCAGCAACUGUUUCUAGUUUAGACAAACACCUCGCUGAUGACGAAGACUGGGUUGCCAUCUCUGCCAUGGUUGAAAGAAAAACCAUUGGUGAUGUUAUGGAUGAAUUAAAGAAAGCUGGUGCAUCCGAUAUACUUGUUCUUGAAAUUGCAAACUGCAGAGUUUAAACAUGUAAAUAUACGGAUAGAUAAUAUAUAAACUACUUAAUCUAACUCUACACUUCUUAUACCAUCCUUAUCAACAACUUUAACAUAAACACCUUUAAAGUCAAUUGGCAUUCUAGUUUCUAAUUCUUUCAAACACAACUUCAACAAUUUCAAUCCAUCAUCGACAACCAUAUCUUUUCUAUAAUGCUUAUCCAAUAAUGAAGUAGUAUAAAAUCCAGCAUACCCGUGGGCACCGUAAGGCAAUUCAACUUGAGUACCUAAAUAAUCAAUCCAGUUCAAAGUAGGUUGAUCCUUCUUGGUGUCAUAUCCAGCAAUUAAACAGUUAACUUGAUAUGGUUUUCUUGAUCUAAUUGAAGUUGCCAAUUGAUUUCUAACAAAUGAGGCAGUAGCCAAAGGUGACAAUUCAAUAUCAUUUUCUCUCAUAGAAUAUAAUUGAAUGUUGGCUUGGACAUAUUCGGCAAAUUGAACAGUAUCACCAGCUUCCCCAGUGUAUGCUAUAAGAUUGUGAGCAUUUAAUUCUCGUGUCUUGUCGUCGGUGUCUUUUAAAAUCGAAAUCCCUCUGGUUGCUGCCUUGGAAGUGGCAAUUAUUGUGGCGUCUUGUACUCUAAUACCUAAAAUGAUAUCCAUGGUAAGCUUAUGUUCUGUAUAUAUGCGAUAGAAGGUUUACAAUUGGU